ACACAGCAUACACUCAACACAUAUCCUGUCAUCUCUUUCCUCACUUUCUCUCACUACACCUCUCUCUCCCUUUCUCUCUACGGAGUUUUAAAUUUUAUUGAAAAAAAAAUUUUUUUUUCCUUUUCAGUUCAGUUCAGUUUUAUCCUCCAAGAAGGGAAGGAAACAGAGAGAAUAAGCAGGGCAGCGGAAAUGUCGGAGCCGAAAGACCCGGCAAUCAAGUUAUUUGGGAAGACGAUUCCUUUGCCAGAGAUCGCUCAGGGAGGUACUAGUUCCACUACUAAUACUUGUGGUGGUGCUGGUAGUUUCGUUGUUGAUGAUGAUAGUCAAGAUCAGGACCGUCCAUCUUGCGCAAGCUCUUCUCUCGAAGAGAGCAAUACGAAGGCAGAUGGGGAAGAGAGAGAAACUGAUAAAGAUGCAGUGGGAGAAAAACCAACUGAGAGUAGCAAACAAGAAAAUGGAGCCCGAACUAUUACUUCAGAAGAGUCAUCAAAUCCGGAUGCAACCUCUGGGGUAAGUGAGAAUCAUAAGAUGCCUUGUGUUGAGAAAGAGAAUGAUGCAUUAAAAACUUCAAAGAUAGAGGAAGAGCAGAGUGAUACAAGUAAUUCACAAGAAAAGACCCCGAAAAAACCUGACAAAAUCCUUCCAUGCCCUCGCUGUAAUAGCAUGGACACCAAGUUCUGUUACUACAAUAAUUACAAUGUGAAUCAACCCCGGCACUUCUGCAAAAAUUGCCAGAGAUAUUGGACAGCUGGGGGGACUAUGAGGAAUGUACCUGUUGGUGCUGGUCGUCGAAAAAACAAGAACUCAGCUUCUCAUUACCGCCACGUAACUGUUUCUGAAGCUCUUCAGAAUGUUCGAACUGAUAUUCCUAGUGGCAUCCACCAUCCUGCUUUGAAAACUAAUGGGACAGUCCUCACCUUUGGCUCAGAUACUCAACUUCAUGAAUCAAUGGCUUCUGUGUUGAAUCUUGCCAAUAAAACAAUGCAGAAUUGCACAAGAAAUGGGUUUCAUAAACCUGAAGCAUUAAGGAUUCCAGUUUCUUAUGGAAGUAUGGAAAAUGAGGGGGAUCAUUCAAAUGGAUCUUCAGUCAUGGCAUCAAAUUCAAAGGAUGAUGUAAGCAAAAGUGGGUCACAAGAGUCAGUGAUGCGAAAUUGUCAGGGAUUUCCACCUCAGAUACCAUGUUUUCCUGGCACUCCCUGGCCUUAUCCCUGGAAUUCAGCUCAGUGGAGCUCUCCAGUACCUCCCCCUGCCUUUUGUUCUCCAGGUUAUCCUAUGCCAUUCUAUCCUACAGCAGCUUAUUGGGGUUGUACUGUACCAGGAACUUGGAACAUGCCUUGGAUUCCUCAGCCAUCUUCGCCAAACCAAGCUGCACUCAACUCUGGUCCUAACUCUCCAACCUUGGGAAAACAUUCAAGAGAUGAGAACGUGCAGAAAACAAAAAACUCUGGAGAAGAACCAGUGAAAGAAUGUAAUGGUGAAAGAGGCAUUUGGAUUCCAAAAACAUUGAGGAUUGAUGACCCUGGAGAAGCUGCAAAGAGCUCCAUAUGGACGACACUUGGGAUUAAGAAUGAUAAGGCCGAUCCAAUCAGUGGACGAGGACUAUUUAAGGCCUUUGAAUCAAAAGGUGAAGAAAAGAAUCACACAACUGAAACCUCUUCAGUAUUACAAGCCAAUCCUGCAGCAUUGUCUAGGUCACUCAAUUUCCAUGAGAGUUCAUAAUUGUGCAGCUUACAAACUUGUAAAUUGUUCCCAGUGGUGCAAGCAUAAUGGUUUAGGUUGACGAGCUAUGUAUAUUAAAGGGUCAUAUUUGAUUUACGAGCCUCAUCUGUAAGAAUUGUUCCUCAUUGCAGGCAUGUUGAGAGAAGCAUAGGAUAAGAAAGUCAUCCUAGUUGAGGAGAAGUAGCAACGAACUUCAGUAUUUAUCUUUCAGUCGGGUACCAGCCCAGGCAGGUGCUUUUUGUUUCAGUUAGAUGGCUUGCUAAGUUCAUGUACAUAUUUAUUUAUAUAUAAAAAAAAUGGUGAGAGACUGAGAGCUUAGGACAGAAGUUGAGUUUGUGUAACCAUAAUCCCAGUUGUAUUAAAAUAAAUUUGGGAAUUGAAAAUCUAUCAUCUUUUUGUUG